AUGUGUGUUGGCAUGAUAUCCAGUGAACACGUUUUAGACGGAGAAUCAAGUAUAAUCUUCACGAGAUCAUUCUCAGUGAUUUCAGGAAAUGAUGCAAACGCAACGGUGCAUGUUAGAAGUGUUAUCUCAAAACUUGAACCAUCUAUCGUCUGUCAUCAAUUCUCGUCCGUUGUCGCUGUUAGAAAGAAAUUAUUAGUCAUUACGUUUGGAGAUGAGUGGAAAUCAGAUCCUAAUCUUUUCUUCUAUCUCUCACUAAGAACUGGACAGAAAAACGAAGAGUACGACCACGAUGGGGAGGAGUGUAAUUGCUGUGCACUGGACAUUGGUCUUUAG